AUGCUUAAUAUACCAAUGCGUGAUAAUCACAAUACUCAGGCUUCCACCAAGGCCGUGAUCUUGGUCGGAGGCCCCUCAAGAGGCACUCGGUUCCGCCCAUUGUCACUCGAUGUACCAAAGCCCCUAUUCGAAGUCGCUGGCCACCCCAUCAUCCACCACUGCCUGAAGGCGGUGGCUAAGGUCCCCGAUGUACGCGAAGUGAUUUUGGUCGGAUACUACGAUGAGAGCGUAUUCCGGGAUUUCAUCAAGGAUGCCUCGAAGGAAUUCCCCCAGCUCCGCAUCCUCUACCUGCGCGAGUACACAGCGUUGGGCACCGCCGGUGGCCUAUACCACUUCCGUGAUGCCAUCCUCAAGGGCAAGCCCGAGCGGCUGCUCGUUCUGAACGCCGAUGUCUGCUGCUCAUUCCCGCUGGGCGAGAUGAUGCGGUUAUUCGAGGAGAAGGACGCCGAGGCUGUGAUUCUGGGUACACGGGUGUCGAACGACACCGCAACAAACUUCGGAUGCAUCGUGUCCGAUUCACACACCAAGCGUGUGCUGCAUUACGUCGAGAAGCCCGAGUCGCACAUCUCCAACCUGAUCAACUGUGGCGUCUACCUCUUCGCUACCGAGUGCAUCUUCCCCGCCAUCCGCAGCGCCAUCAAGCGCCGCACUACCCGCCCCCGCCUCCUCUCGUACCCCUCCUCCGACAACCUGGAAUCCUCCUUCAUCGCCACCGGAGACGACGAGGACGCCGAGAAGAACGAGGUCCUCCGUCUGGAACAAGACAUCCUCUCCGACCUGGCCGACAGCAACCGCUUCUUCGUCCACGAAACCAAGGACUUCUGGCGCCAGAUCAAGUCCGCCGGCUCUGCUCUCGGUCCUAACGUCUCGAUCGGCCCGCGUGUCGUGGUCGGCGCCGGUGCCCGUAUCAAGGACUCGAUCGUCCUCGAGGACGCCGAGAUCCGCCACGACGCCUGCGUCAUGCACUCGAUCAUCGGGUGGAGCAGCCGUGUCGGUGCCUGGGCUCGCGUGGAGGGUACACCCAUCCCCGUGGCUAGCCACUCUACCAGCAUUGUCAAGCAGGGUAUCAAGGUGCAGAGCAUCACCAUUCUUGGCAAGGAGUGUGCUGUUGGCGAUGAGGUCCGCGUGCAGAACUGCGUGUGCUUGCCUUACAAAGAACUCAAGCGGGAUGUGUGCAACGAGGUCAUUAUGUAA